GAGGGCUCUGUGUGCAUGUGAGUGCGAGAAAGAGAGACGGAGUGGAGAGAGAGAGAACGAGAGAGAGAUGCAAUGCGGGGAAUCCAUGUGUGUGCAAGGAAGAGCUUUAAGUAGAGCGGGAGAAAGCAGAGCAAGCAGCAGAGAUCUGAAGAGUCAGUGUGAGCUUCAGGGUCGGGGAAAGACAGCAGCAGCAAGUCCGUCUCUUUCAUUCUGCCGCCGCUCGGAUCUCUCCGACCGGCUGUGGAGCUGUUGCUGCUGCUGCUGCUGCUGCUGCUUGCUGACUGCGGGGGAGACUCUGUGGCGCUGUACACAGAGUCCAAAAAUCUUCUUCUCAUCUGCUUCCUUUACUGCCACACAAGGUUGAAGGUUUGAUGCGUCCGCUCUCGACUUGAAACACCAAUGAUCCCUCGGCAGCACACCCUCUCACGAAGAUGGGAAAUGCCUCCGAAACGUAUCUGUUUGCGUCCAGAAUAUCAAAAGAAAAUGACUUCAUCAUGGGGACAUUAUAUACAAUUUUUGGUGUGCUCUCCGUACUGGGAAACGGGAUCCUGCUGUUCGUGGCUUAUAGAAAAAAGUCCUCCUUGAAGCCAGCAGAGUACUUUGUCAUCAACUUGGCUAUCAGUGACCUGAUGAUGACCAUCUCCCUCUUUCCUAUUGCUGUAGCGUCAGCCUACAGUCAUCGAUGGCUGUAUAAUAAAGUCACCUGCAUCGUUUACGCUUUCUGUGGCGUUUUGUUUGGCCUGUGCAGUCUGACGAACCUAACGGUGCUUUCUUCUGUCUGCUGGCUCAAGGUCUGCUGCCCAAAUUAUGGCAACAAGUUCUCCUCCUGCCACGCCUGCUUGCUUGUCGCCGGGGUCUGGUGCUACGCGGCCGUGUUUGCCGUGGGGCCCCUGUUGGGGUGGGGAGAGUACGGGCCCGAGCCGUACGGUACAGCAUGCUGCAUCGACUGGCACGUGCCUAGCCAGAACUCUCUGGCUAUGAGCUACAUCGUCUGCCUCUUCUUCUUCUGCUACAUCGUUCCCUGCAUGGUCAUCUUUCUGUCCUACGUGUUCAUCCUGUUGACCGUCCGUGGCUCCCGCCAGGCAGUGCAGCAGCACAUGUCCCCUCAGAACAAGAUCACCAAUGCACAUGCACUUAUUAUUAAGCUGUCCGUGGCAGUUUGCAUUGGUUUCCUGACAGCAUGGAGUCCCUACGCGAUUGUGUCCAUGUGGGCAGCAUUUGGUAACGCCUCAAAAGUACCACCUAUGGCUUUCGCACUGGCCGCUAUCUUCGCCAAGUCCUCUACACUUUACAACCCCAUUGUCUAUCUGGUUUUUAAACCCAACUUCCGCAAGUCUCUCUGUCGGGACUUAGCCCUGUGCAGAAGGUCACUCUGCGGGUGUUUGUGUCAACACAAUUCCACCCAGAAGGGACCGUGCCGGCAACCUCAUGACAAAGAAGAGUGUAACUCUACGCAGUUUUCCAACGGACUACUGGAGAAUCACGGCACAUGCAGACACUGUACUUGUCCUGAGAUUACGACUGCCAGGGAAAACUGUUUGGACUGCGACCCGACGAGGGCUGCCGCAAUGCUACAUAGCGAAGUGACUGUCAGUCAACUCUCCAAUGAGCAGCAGAGUGACUUUCUCUAGGCUGAACUCGCACUUGACUGCAAAGGCAGGGAAGCAGGUGGGAAGAAAAGACACUGGAUGUGAGACGUUUCUCACAAGCGCGCACAGAUGGCAACUGCAUUCAUCAAUGAGAAACUACAGGUCAGGACUUCAAAGACAAAUGUUCAAAGAACUUAUCUAACGCCUCAAGUAUGUGAUACUGCCAAAACAACGCCCCUGUCAUGCAACAACCAACAUGCAAGUACAUCAAAGUUAAAUCAGGUAAUGUAAACAUGCACUGAACUGAUCAGAUUCCAGAUCACCUUGAAGAGGACUUGGAAAAUGCCGAUGAGAUUCAGAGGCACGAGCUCUGAAACUGCCUUUAACGUAAUUAUGAAUAAUGUAUCAGGCGCUGUGUUUGGUUGAUGUAUUUAUUGAUGCAUGCCUCAAAUAGGAAGACAAUGUGGUUAUAUUUAUUUAAAAAGGAGGACUUUCCUUUGUGCUGCAUUGGUUUCAAUGUGUCAGCCCAAGUCAUUUGAGAGAAGCGACCAAGCACCCGUGGGAGGUUCUUGUUAGUCAGUCAGCUGUCGCCAGGAAGACACUGUGACAACAUCCGUUGCAUUCUCUGUACUUAGUAGGAAAGCCUCAGGACAAAGGAUAGCAACAGUCAGAUUCCUUCGUCAAAACACAUCAUCUCUUUAAAUAAGCUACACAUCUUAAAUUGUACAAAAGAUGAAUUACACUGUGACAAGAGGUACUUAAAUCGGAACAUUCUGACAGAAUGAGUGUUUUGCUUUUCUUGGAAGAAUGACAACUAUAUAAAGGAAAAUAUGACAAAUUUAAGAAUAUUCUUCGUAAUAUUACUUCCAGAAGCAAUGUAUCCACUAUUUAAAGUGUUCAUAAAAAUGAGAGCUGGCUCUUAUUAGAAAACUCUGAUCUUAAAUAGUUUGCCGUGUGUGUGUGUGCGCGCGUGCGUGGGUAAGCAAGAGAGAUGGGCUGGUUUGUUUUAUGUAAAGAUGUUGCUUUUCAUAGCUUUGGUGAUUCUUUUUAAGAUUAUUAGAUAGAUAGAUAUAUAAGUAUUUAUUAUUUUCAUACCUGGAGAAAAUGUGAACGAUACCUACAAAGGCAGGGAACUGUCAAUCUGACAAUCAAAUACAGUAAAUAAUGGAAGAAAACAAAUGAGAAGGUGCCAGUGCAUUGCCAAUAUUCAUUUUCGUUAAAUGUCUCAGUAAGGACCAAAUCAAAUGAAGAAAACUACAGCCUUGCCAAGUCCCCCCAUCCCCUUCCAAAAAAAAAAAUUAAAAAAGUAUCCUGCCAACUAUUAAAAACGUAAUAUGAUUUGCUGGGUAUCUAUCCAUCCUCCCAGACCUAGGAUUAAACUUCUUGCAGUAAAGUGGCUGUGAUCGAAACAGAAUUAUCUUUUUAAUAUGAACAUGGUACUUGAAUGAGAGACCAGCUGACUUUGGUAGACACAAUACAAUACGUUUUUCGCUGACUAUCUACUCAUUUUAUCUAUCUAUCUAUCUAUCUAUCUAUCUAUCUAUCUAUCUAUCUAUCUAUCUAUCUAUCUAUCUAUCUAUCUAUCUAUCU